AUGCCGCCCAGAGCCAAGAAGCAAGCCCCGGGCCCCGACGUGCCAGCUGCUUUGGCAGAACAUCCCACGGCCGCUUGCCAGUUACAGUCGCACAUGCCACGUCAUUUCAUGUCCGCUGUGCAGAUGCGUGAGGUGUUGAAGACCUUGAAGGCUGAGCUUCAGAAGGUUUCCCAGCAAGAGCCGGUCGCCAGAGCUGGCGUUGCGGAGCUUGACGACGAUCGGUACAGAGCCGUGAUGAAGCGCGACGAGGAGUUUGAGUGCUGCGUUACCAGAACUCACUUCCCGGACAUGCCGGCGACCCAUGCCACGAUCCUUCCGAGUUGGGGCAGCGUCAAGCGAGGCUUCGAUUGCCUGCCCGUGCGUGCCACUUCUGCCAGCAGUCCGCCUCCGAAGGGAACGUACCAACUUUUGUCGUUGGAUGCCUACUUGAUGUCCUUCGACUUUGCAUGGGCGCAGGCUGAGCAGUCCUCCAAAAUUGACAUGAAGUCGCAGAACCAGACUUUGACUGGCUGGAAAGUCGUCCUUGCCACUGUCGAGAUCAGGAAUACUUUAAGGCGGACGGGCGACGUGUUCAGCAAAGGCUCUGCGGCAGACUCCAAUGUCAACAUCUCCGCUUUCUUGCAGAAGGCAGGGCUGGCAGACGUCAGCCCGAAGGUUAUCGGCUCCCGCUUGAAGAUACAUGCCCGCAUGGGCUCGGCGGCGCUCGAUGUGCUCGAGCAUCUAGACGACGCUUACGGCCCGACCAAGCACCUCUUCUCGCAGAUCUCCAAUCUGGACGUGGCCUGUCUAGAUGUUGGUGAGAUGAAGGUGACUGCGAAGAUCUCGGUCUUGACGGUCGUGGGACGGGAAUUGCUGAAAAAGCGGGUCUGUUCCUUCCUUGCGCAGUCUUUCAAGAUGCCAGAUGCCGCAGACAAGUAUGAUGCUGGUCGGGCGCCCUCGACUGUGAUUGCCAAGGUGACCUCAUCUUACGACGCGUACAUUCGCUCUGGCUUGGCUUUUCACGACAGCGACAUGGAGUGGAUGCUCCUGCUGCCAGAUGCGCAGCACGGCAUCCUCGACUUCAUCGCGAAGCUCUUGAACUCCUCCCCCCUGCUGGUGGAAGAGAUAGAUGUUGCUGUUAAACACGAUUUUCUCACGCCUGCGGAGACCUUCUUGAACCGCUCCAGGGUGAAGGAGAUCUUCGACUUGGAGACGGCCCUGGCGAUGAAGAGAGAUCAGGAGACGCAGGCCACUUCGCACGCUGAGCCGGCUAGAGCGGAGCCGCAAAGCAGCCUCGAGCAGACAGACGCGAGCACGGAGUUGACCCAGGAUCCGCAGCCCGAUGCCCCGGUUGCGGAGCCGGAGCCGGAUGUUGGCAGCUUCUUUCCCAGCCUGUCCUUGUCGGGUGUCCAAGCUUCGACUCUGGGUAAGAUCAGCUACGAGAGGCUCAAGACAGUGGUUGAGCAAGCGAAGAUGCGAAGUGUGAAAACGUAUGUGACGAUCAAGCUUCACGAGGAGUUCUUCGAAGCCCCACCUCCGGGUGAGGAAGAGAACCUGGCGAGGAUGUAUAUUUGGGACGUGAAGAACCACUUGGUGAAUGUCAGUCCACAGGCCCACUCGCAACCUUUCAAGUACUUUCCUCCCGUUGACACUUUGGCAAAGAGGGUGGCAGAGAAGCUCUUCGAGGAGGACGCGAACGAACAGCGCCUGUUCAGGGCCAAGGAUGUGGCUCUUUUCUUCGACGGCCGCUUCUUGGGCGAUGGCUUGAAAGGCCCCUUGGGGAAAAUCCUGCGGCAAGUGCCUGCCUCCAUCGCUGGUUCGAGGAAGAUGAUGGAGCACCACUACUUCCACCACAACCGCGAGAUGGAGUUCGGAGGCUAUGCUGGUCCCAGCAGGGUCGUGGCAGCCAUGAGCAGCCGCGUCGUCAGCCACUUGGAGACGGCUUUCGUCAUUUCCGGGAAGGGCUACGCCACGGACCUGCGCGAGAGGCGCUUCAUUGACCUGCCAGGGUCAAACAGGUCCCGGGGGUGGUCAGGCUGUUCGCUGAAAGAGGAGCACGAGCAAAUCCGAGUGCCUUACAAGCUGAAGAAGGAGUUGGAGGCGCCGAAAGAAUCCGUCCUGAAGAAGGACGUGCUGUCUUCCGAGGAUCCGCAGGUUGGUCACGAGGACAGCGCGCUGACAACCGUCGCGGACGAUGAGCCGUCGUGGCUUUGGAACUGGGGCCACAGCGAAAAGUUCUUCCGCGAGCUGUUCUUCGCCUUUGGGACGCCGAAUACCGUGAGGGUUGUUUCCUGCACUCCCAGCUCGGCGGCUAUGAUGGCGGCGGCGCGGGACCGCUUCCGGUAUCUCGGCUUCGCUCGCACGGCCAAGGUGAAGCAGAUUCUUUUGGAGGAUGCCUUCCUCCAGGUGACCUUGGCGAUGGUGCGCGGGUCCGGCGACUUCGGCUUCAUGCGCGUGCUAACGAGGGAAGAGUCUUUGGGUGGCACCGAGGCAGGUCAAGGUGAUCAAGUCAUGGCUGCUGCUGCCGCGGCUGCUGCUGCCCCGGCUGCUGGAGCCGCAGGCGAGGGCGGCGAGGAUAACGGCCAAGCCAGGGGCGAGGGCGAGGAAGAGGGCGCCGAGGAGCGCGGCGGGGCCUUGGACGGCGAUGACUUCGUGGAUCCUGAGGCGUGA